AUGGAUAAAUUUCUCAAUGAUAUGGAAAAAGAGAAGCCAAUCAAAUUUACCUCUGUGCAGCUCAGGAUUGCAAAAAACAACUUCGCUUAUUUGUUGGGUUCAGGAGGUUUUGGAUCAGUCUAUAAGGGUAUCUUUGGUAAUGGAGACAUAGUGGCAGUGAAGCUUCUAAAUGGGAAUUCUGAUAAGAGAAUUGAGGAUCAGUUCAAGGCAGAAGUGAGUACAAUUGGAAGAGUUCAUCACUUUAAUCUCGUACGUCUAUAUGGUUUCUGUUUUGAGAAGGACCUGAGAGCACUGGUUUAUGAGUACAUGGUAAAUGGCUCGCUUGACAAGUACUUAUUUCAAGAAAACAAGAUCUUAGGAUUUGAAAAGCUUCACGAGAUUGCUGUUGGGACAGCCAGAGGGAUUGCUUAGUUGCAUGAAGAAUGUCAACAGCGAAUAAUCCAUUACGAUAUUAAACCAGGAAAUAUUCUAUUGAAUGCAAACUUCUUCCCUAAGGUAGCUGAUUUCGGUUUGGCCAAGCUAUCUAACAGGGAAAAUACACAUAUCACCAUGACAAGAUCAAGAGGAACACCUGGUUAUGCUGCACCAGAAAUGUGGAUGCCACUCAAUAUGCCAUAUCCUGUUACCCAAAGGUGUGAUGUUUACAGCUUUGGGAUGCACUUAUUUGAAAUCGUAGAGAAGAGAAAGAACCUCGAUGAUAGUCUUCCAGAAAGCCAAGAGUGGUUCCCAAGGUGGGUUUGGAAAAAGUUCGAAUGUGGAGAACUGGGAGAGUUGAGCAUAGUUUGUGGGAUAGAGGAGAAAUAUAGAGAGAAAGCAUAGAAAUUGAUGAAGGUAGCUUCCUGGUGUGUUCAGUAUAGGCCUGAAUCAAGAAAUGCACCUACCCAUCCAACACAAAUUGAUACCACUUUUUAUUCAGAAUAUUCCUCUCAAGUGAGCUUUGAAUGUGAUACUCCCGUGAUGAGGAAAUAUGAGAUUGAAAUAGCCUCUACUUAG